GGAGGGAGAGAGGAGGAGAAGGAGGAGGCGGGCAUGGCGGGGGCGCAGGUGCACAUGAGCCAGGCCAUCUUCCCCGCCCACGCCGACCACCUGGGGCUCCUCAGCGCCGGGCAGCUGCUCAAGUGGAUCGACACCGCCGCCUGCCUGGCUGCUGAGAAACAUGCUGGCCUUCCCUGUGUGACAGCAUCAGUGGAUGACAUACAGUUUGAAGAAACUGCCAGAGUUGGACAAAUUAUUAGCCUUAAUGCAAAGGUAAAUCGGGCAUUCACUACCAGUAUGGAGGUUGGUGUAAAAGUUACAUUACAGGAUCCCCUUACUGAUGUUCAGAAACGAAUUAGUGUGGCAUUCUCUACGUAUGUGGCAAGACCACGCUGUGAUGAAAAGGUUGUCUUAAAACAAGUAAAACUUGUCACUGCACAAGAUUUCAUCGAGCACAAUCUGGCUGCUGAAAGAAGGAAGAUCCGGUUGGGUCAUGGAGAUGUACUUAACAAUCUUAUGGAAGAAUAUGGCAUAGAUGAUGGCCAAAUGUGCAAUCAAGAGGAAGAUGUAGUUUCCACAGAUCUUACUCAUGUGCAGAGCAUUGAACUUGUCUUGCCACCUCAUGCCAAUCAUCAAGGAAAUACAUUUGGUGGCCAAAUUAUGGCUUGGAUGGAGACAGUGGCUGCUAUUUCAGCAAGUCGCCUGUGUCAUAUGCAUCCAACUUUGAAAUCCGUAGAUAUGUUUAAAUUUCAUGGACCUUCAGCUGUUGGCGACCGGCUAGUUUUCAAUGCUAUAGUUAACAAUACUUUCGAAAAAAGUAUUGAGGUUGGCGUUCGUGUUGAAGCUUACAACUGUGAGGAAUGGGGGAAAGGUCAACCACGGCAUAUUAACAGUGCUUUUCUAAUUUUCAAUAUUUUAAACGAACAUGGAGAAUCUCUUAUUGUUCCCAGAGUGAGACCCUCAACAAAGGAUGGUUUAAGAAGAUACCAUGGAGCUAUUGCGCGUAAGAAAAUUAGAUUAACCAGGAAAUACCAUCUCUUGAAGAAGGAAGACAGUUGCAUCCCUGAAUUCUGGGAUGGAAGCAACAAAUGAUAUGCAAAGAUAAUUUGAUUGAGGACAAUGGCUGAGAUCCUGUUUUGGAGGAAUAGCUACUCUUCAUGUCAAUAUCCAACUGCCAAAGCCCACAAUAAAUGCCAGCCAGCUGUCCUGAGUAACAGAGUUCUGUGCUGCUAAGAAGCAGAGUGCUGCAGGACCAACCCCCUCCUGUCAGAGACCAAUGGUGUCUCUUACUUCAUCCAAGGUACCCAUCAUUUUGCUGAAAAUCUGGCUGGCCUAUUGAAAUCAACUGAAGAUACAGUUUUCCUAUAUAUUCAGUUCUUAGAAUCUGAGAGCAAAAAUAUGAACUGCAUUUAAGGCCACCUUGAGCCCUGCUUUUUUUUUGGGGGGGGAGAGAGUGAGACAUGAUUGGUUUAGUUAGAGGCACUUGAAAAUGACCAAUAGUCAUUCUAAUUUUUAUGACUAAAUGGGCAAGCAGAAUAAAGUUUACAAUCUUGCAAAUGAUCUACCAUUUAGUUUAUAAUCAAGAACUUUACAAUUGUUACAGCACAAUUAAACAAACAGUCCCCCUCCCACCCCUACUACCUAAGGAGUCAAGGGUAAAACCCAAGUUGAAAUGCUGAAGCAAAAACCUCAAUUUAGAGUCCCUCUUGCUGUGCACACACAUACACACACUGAAGGAGCCUCCAAGUUUUACCCUCAACUUAUCCACAGGUCAUGGCAAAAUCCAAAAUUUUGGCCCCAAAACUUGCCCUUGACUUAUACAUGAGGGCGACUGAUAGUUGAGUAUAUACUGUACUUUUUUGUAUCGUGACAGAAUAGUUUUUCUAAAAAGCACUUUAAUGCAAAUGUAUAUAUUACUCUGCUGUUCAGUCAUAUGUAUAUAGGAACAGAAUAUGGUCAGGUCUCAGUAAUGCAUUUAUUUCAUGCUUUUGAAAUUGCAUUGGUGGUCCUCUGUUGGGUAAAAGUUUCAGUAGCCAAAGAUGGCCAUCUUAAAAAUAAAUGUUUUGGGCCAGUAUUACUGUGAAGAUAUCACACACAAGCGGAAGAUAGAGUAAGAUCCUCUAGAUACAGAGGCUUGACAAGGACAUCUGAAGAACCAUCUGGCCCAACCUAUUUGGCCACUGGUAACAUGUUAGGUGGUAAGAUAAGGAAUGCCCUUACAUGUCAGCAUGGAUGUGUGUUCCUGACCACUUCUAAACAAGUCUUAAAGACCUAGUUAUUCUAAGCCAAGGGUGUAUGAAAGUGCAGAGACCCUUAUAAUCCCUCCCCUCAAAUUCAUGUAUUUUUGUUGGCAGGGCCUCCCAUGUGCUAUAGGAAGGUAGGCUGAGCAGGACCUUCUUCCAAAACUAAGGCCUUCCAGCCACUUCUCAGUUGGAAAAAAAAUCUCUUAUAGGACUGGCUGGCCCCUUUCUACAAGAUGACAAAAUUGCUCCUCACAACCCAUAGAGGUUUGGGGAAGGGCCUUUAUUAGAGCAAAAAUAUUUUUAAAAUUUACUACUAAAAAGGUGUGGGGAAUGUUGUUAGUCCCCAGACUAGGAUAGCUGCCCAUCUGUUCUAUGCUGCUUUUGAAAAUGUAAUACUGUUUCAGAUGUUAUGAUUUAGAUAUUUUAAAUUUUGUAUUAAUUGUUUCUUUUGUUAUUAAAACUUUGGCAAAAUGUGAAAAUGUAUUUAAAUAAACAGCCUUCAGCCCUCUGCAUAUUUAUAGUUAGCAGAACUAUGUAGAAUUAUGCCCAAUGCACUUACAGAGCAAUCCUACCUUGUACUACAAAGCACUCCAAUGUUACAGCAUCUGUGUAAUCCAAGGCCUUGCCGACAAAACGCUAACAAAAUAAAAAAGAGGAGCAGUAACUCCAUCUCCUUGGGCCAAAAACCAAACAAGUACGCUCCCUGUCGAUUUGGCAUAGUUUAGGAACUGUUUGACAGCAGGUCUGUGGGCUGGCCAAGCUCAGUGGCUCAGGCCUGCUGUGUCACCUUUCCCCUCUUUGAGUGCAAAAGACACAUGCUGCAGUUUCUGCAAGAACAAGAAGGGAGCAUCCAAGGCUAUUUCUUCACCCAGGACAACCUUCUAUAGAACUACAAACUUUGUGUGUAAAUCUGCAUAUUUAAAAAAAUAUACAGCCCUAUAUUUCAAUCUAUUCUGCAUUCUAAUUUUCCUAUAGUAUCUGACAGGCCAGGUCAGUGUACCUUCUAUUUUUAUUGCACCAAGAAUGUAAAAACGGUAGAAAACAAUAUGCUAGACAAUAUAAAUGUUGACAGAUGGACUUCAGUUCCUAGUCAGUGAUUCUGCUUAACUGCUAUUCUAAACAAAUACUCAUGUACUGUUACUGAACUCAUCUUUAGUUCCAUUCUGUUCUUUAAAAUAUUUCUGUGAAAACUGUUAUAGAUGCUAAAUUAAAGAGUAUCCUUGAAUAGAAUGAUGGUGUUAUUUAAUCCAAAAUAAAUUUUAAAAUAAUAGUUAUUUUAACAUUAUGAUUAUUAUUGUUUUCAUAAUGAACUAGUUUGAUAGAUCAUAGCAAGCAAGGCUCACUCUGGUUUUAAAGACUGGAAAAUGUAGGAAGAGGAAAUAUAGGAAGUUAAGAUCACUUUAAAAUCUUACAAGGUUCUUGUACAUCUCAGAACACAAAAUGCAUAUUAUAUUGUUGGUUUAAAAGUGUAUUUGUUCAUCCUCCAGGAAAAUCAGUACAUAAGUAUUUAAAUCUAAUAAAGUUCCACUUGAUAGCUUGU